AUGAUUGUAGUAAUCUACCUUGCUGGUGAAGGAAAAGACAUAGGCGCAGCGCAGGACACCGUAGCACACCGUAAGCUCGGAUCUGGUUCUGGCUACCCUUACUCCGCAGACCCGCUCUUACGGCGGUCGGAGAUCAUCUCCGAUUCCGAUUUCCUACGCUUGGAGUGUCGCCUACUACGGCGGCUGGGGCGUGAGGAGGAAGAUAGCUCCCUCACGCGCUCCGCUUCCUUCUUUGCUAUGCUAUAUAACUGCUUCACAGAAAGGGGAGUCGGCUUUGCAGUUCCUUACGCUCACUACACUACAGUUCCUAUCACUUUCUUCAAGACACGGUUGUGCUCAGCCCAAGCAGAGCAAGCCGCUACCGAAAUCAACAUAGCUAUAUCAUUUUUCGAAAAAAUCUCGGAUUAA